CGACAUUUAUUAUUCCUUAUUGUUUUUAAAUGAGCCAUUAUAGCUCUUAACCUUCCUACAGGAUGGAUCCAGAAUGAUUAUUGUAUAUCCUAAUCAUAGUAUUAUCAGCCUGAUUUUAUAUAUAUGGUGUAUAUAUAUGGAUGAUGUAUGCAUAUAAAAUAACUUCCUGAUGAUCGAUUUUUUAUGGAUGGUGUUUUAAUUUCUUACAAUUCCUUGCAAGAAGCAUAAAAAUGGCUGUAAGGGCUGUCCCUGUUUCAGAAAUGCAUCUUCUUGAUAAUGUGCCAGAAAAUGACGCAGCUAAGUUCUGCCUCCCCACUUCUGCCCAAGGCGGCGGAGAAAAUGGAGUUGGAGAUGGAAGAAGAGGCGUGAAGAUGUGGAAGGAGAAGGAGAAGAGGUUUGUGGUGAUGGGUCACAGAGGAAAUGGGAUGAAUAUGCUGGAGUUGUCCGAUCGGAGAAUGAAGGCUAUCAGAGAGAAUACAAUCCGUUCUUUCCUCAACGCCGGAAAACUUGGUCUCGAUUUCGUUGAAUUCGACGUCCAGGUUAGUAUGAUCGAUGUGACAACAAAACGAGUACCAUUUUUUCAAGAAGAGAAGGAACAUGAUUACAGAUUGAUCGCAAUGAAGAUGACACACUUUCAUACUUCCGCAUCAUCAGUCUACAUGACUGUACUUGGUUACCACAAAUGCCACAACAAAAUUUAUGCUACUUAUGUUUGGAGUAAAUCGUAAAGCGCCUUUUGUGCAGGUGUUUCCAAAGAGUGCAAUAUUGUCUGGAUUAUUAUCUAAAAAGGUGCUCUGUUCCAUAUGGAUCACCUAGCAGGCUGGCCAUGGACGAAGUUCUUACGCCAAUUGUAUUCUCACGGUGACAAAGGAUGGUUUUCCAGUAAUUUUCCAUGAUGUCUUCCUCUUUACCGAAGAAAAGGGCUUAAUCAUUGAGAAGAGAGUUACAGAUCUCACUUUGGAUGAGUUUCUUUCCUAUGGGCCCCAAAGGAGUGCAGAAAAUGUUGGAAAGCCGAUAUACCGAAAAACGAAAGGAGGGACAAUUUUUGAAUGGGCUGUUGAAGAUGAUGAUCAUCUAUGCAUAUUGAAAGAUGUAUUUCAGAGCGUUAAUGACUCAUUAGGCUUUAACAUUGAAUUGAAGUUCGACAACAACAGAGUUUACACAGAAGCAGAGCUUGUAAGAGUUAUUAAAGUGAUCAUGAAGGUGGUAUUGGAUGAUGCUAAGGAGAGAGUGAUAAUGUUUUCAACUUUUCAUCCAGAUGCAGCCCUAUUAAUUCGUAAGCUGCAAAAUCUCUACCCUGUUUUCUUCCUAAGCAAUGGAGGAAAUGAAAUACAUUCAGACACCAGAAGAAACUCAUUAGAAGAGGCGGUAAAGCUGUGUUUGGCAGGGGGGCUCCAAGGAAUUGUUUCUGAGGUGAAAGCAAUACUGAGAAAUCCUAGUGCAAUUAACAAAAUCAAAGACUCCCAUCUUUCCCUCAUAACAUAUGGUCAGCUCAAUAAUGUGGGUGAGGUUGUGUACAUGCAACGCAAUAUGGGCGUAGAGGGCGUCAUCGUUGACGUUGUUGAAGAGAUUAUGGAAACGGUGUCGGAACUCAACGACACCGACAGCGGUGAAAGGGGUCAAGCUUUGUGCAUAGAUGAGAAGACGGUGCUAACGGAGAAAAUGGAUCGUCAUUGCUCUAAGGAAGAAAUCUUGUGUUUAUUCAGCCUUCUCCCCCUACUGCUGCAUCGGUAGUGUUGAAGGAGUAUAUCUUGUGUUUAUAUAGAUACUCGUAUUUAUUUUCUUAAAAAGUUUCAUACGACGUAGUAUAUAUCAUGUGUUUGGAUUUUUUUGUUGGACAAAAUUGCAUAUUUUUUCUCGUAAUAAAUGGAGGUACAUGUUUAUUUGUAA